ACAUAAAACCGGCUGAAUUCAGGAGGCGGCGGAGGACAGCGAGGAGGAAAGGGGAUGGUAUUCUUCUGCUUCUUAGUGGACACCAGAGAGAUGGUGAGGAGCUCGAAGCCGGCUGCGGGGAUCUGCUCGAGAUGCGGCGGCGGGGCGAGCGUCGCCGACAUGGAGACCGCCACCAGGUUCUGCUACGUGCCGGUCUACCGGCGGACAUGGCGUGCCAUCAUUUGCACCUUCUGUGGGGCCCACCUCAAGUCCUACGACCGUCGUCAUCUUCACCGCCCGUAAGACACCAUAACAGCUCCGGUAAGCAACCUGCAUGCCAAUUGCCAUCUUUAAUAUUUGAAUGUAUAAGAUGGGCAAACUAUUGCGUUCGGUGUUCGGAUUCGUCCGGACACCAAUCCAGAUGCGCCACAUCAGUAAAAUACAUCGGGCCCGAUGUAUUUGAGUGACGUGGCACAUCCGGAUUGGUUGUCUGCAUGUCAGGUGAUCGGAUGCAAUAAUUCACCGUAUAAGAUGGGAUUGUGAGAAAUUGUAA